AUGUGUAAAGCGUUCACCAACAGGGACUGGAAUGUAACCAGAUUAAUCCUCUCCAGGAGUCGGAUAUCUGAUGAAGGCGUGAAGAACUUGAGUACAGCUCUUACUCAGAGUGACCUAAACAGCUUGAUCCUGAGUGACAGUGGUUUAGAACAUCAAGAAUUGAAACACCUGUGUGAAGCGUUGAUCAGUAGGGACUGCAAUUUAACCAGCUUAAACGUCAGUAACAAUUGGUUGCGAAAUGAAGGAAUAAUGCACUUGUGUAACGCGCUAACCAGUGUUAACUGCAAGUUAAGUAGCUUAAACGUCAGUGACAAUGGGUUAGGAGGCAAAGAAAUGAUGCACUUGUGCAAGGCGCUAACCAGUGUAAACUGCAAGCUAACUAGCUUAAACGUCAGUGACUGUGCGUUAGGAGACAAAGAAGUGAUGCUCUUGUGUAAGGCGCUAACCAGUGUAAACUGCAAGUUAACCAGCUUAAACGUCAGUGACUGUGCGUUAGGAGACAAAGAAGUGAUGCUCGUGUGUAAGGCGCUAACCAGUGUAAACUGCAAGUUAACCAGCUUAAACGUCAGUGACUGUGCGUUAGGAGACAAAGAAGUGAUGCUCUUGUGUAAGGCGGUAACGAGUGUGAACUGCAAGUUAACCAGCUUCAGUGCAAGUGACGAUGGCUUAGGGGAUAAAGGGUUAAUGUACUUGUUUACAUUUCUGACGAGUAGCAACUGCAACUUAACCAGCUUAAAUGUCGGUCGUAACAGAUUAGGGGAUACAGUAUUAAAAGACUUAGCUAGAACCUCAGCGAACAAGAACUGUAUAUUAACGAGCUUAGACGUCUGUUACAAUAAAAUAGGAGAUGAAGGAAUUAAGUACUUGUGCAGAGCCAUCACCGAUACCAACUGCAAACUGAGAAGCUUAGGCCUCCGAGGCAACUGGAAGGUAACAGACGUGGGAAAACAGUGUUUGUCUGAAGCGAUAAUUGGCACUGACUGGGAAUUUAGAGGAGGCCUGGUACUUUCCCGUCCCAAUUAG